AUGUCUGACGAAUCACGCUCUCGAUCCGCCUCCCCAAACCCCAUGGAACAGUGGGAGAACGACGACAACGCACCCCAAUCACCACAACCUCAGCAGCAACAAGCUCCAAGCCGCCCAAGUCGCCGCCGCGCUCAGCCACAGCCACAGUCGCAGCAGCAGGUUCAACAGUACCAGCAGCCCCAGCAGCAGGGAGGAGGAGCCAAUCAGCUUGCACAGCCCGCCGGUCAAGCAGGCCAGCUCCUCGGAAAUACUCUCGGCCAGGUUACGGGCGGCGGCCAGCAAUCCGGAAGCGGCGGCAAGGAUACCCUCAAGUUGCGACUGGAUUUGAAUCUCGAUGUCGACGUUCAAAUCAAGGCCAGAAUUCAUGGCGACGUAACUUUGUCUCUUCUGUGA